GAUGGCAGGAAAAGAAGCAACUUUAGUUUUAUUAGAUGUAGGUGCCUCAAUGUAUUAACCAUACAAAUAGGCUCAAGGAAAGAAAAUCACAAGAUUAGAAUUAGCUGUUGAUUGUUUAGGGAUGAUGAUUUAAUAAAAGAUUUUUAAUUACAAAAAUCAUGAAGUUGGAUUAGUUUUGUUUGGAACAGAAGAAGCUGAAGAUGGGAAUACUUUUUACAUUUAAACAUUAUCAACUCCAGAUUUAGAAUUUUAUAGAAAUGUGACAGAAUUAAUUAAUCAUGAUAUACCAAAAAUAUAAGGAGGAGAUAUUUUUGAUGCUUUGGAUAAAUCAGUUAGUACUUUAGAUUAACAUGUAAAGACAAAGAAGAUGGAUAAAAAGAUAUUUGUACUUACAGCAGGAUUUGGUUAGACAGAUUAUAAUGAGAAAAAAAUAGCAAAAUUGGUUAAAAUGAUUGAAAAAGUAGAUGUGAAAAUCAAUUUCAUAGCAUUAGAUUUCAUGAAUGAAUAUGAUGUUGAUUUAGAUGAUCCUACAAAACCUGAAAAUUAAGAAAUUUUAAAUGAUCGAAUGCUUAAUGCUGUUUAUGAAAAUUAAUAAUAAUCAAUCAAUUCUCGUUUAACUUAUUAUAUGGUUUAAGAACUAAGAAAUCAUAUGAGAAUAUUCCCCGCCAAUAUAGCAUUUGAAUUAUAUUCAUAAUUUCAUACAAAAUAAAUGUAAGCAAGAGCAUCUUUUAGAGGAGAUUUUUAAAUAAAUGAUGAAACAAAUAUUUCAGUAUUAAUUUAUAAAAGAUGUACAGAAGAAAAAUUACCAAGUUUAAAAAAACAUUCUGCUAUUGGUGAUUUCAGUACUGAACCUUCUAGAAAUAUUGUUAGAAAUGAUACAAUUCAUUAUAAUCCAGAAGAUCCAAAUAUGAAUCCUAUUGAAAGAGAGAAUAUCAUUAAAGGUUAUUUAUAUGGUAGAAAUUUAAUUCCUGUAGAUAGUAUAAUGGAAGAUAAAAUGAAAUAUUAAUGUACUAGAUCAUUUUAAUUAUUGGGAUUUGUUGAUAAAUCAUAAAUCCCUAGACAUUAUUUUAUGUCUACUGUAGAUAUGGUAGUAUCUAUUGAUUGUGAAAAAGCAAAGAAAUCUUUAUCUUCUUUAAUUAUAGCUCUUAUUGCUACUAAAAAAGUUGCUAUUGCAAGAUUUGUUGGAAGAGAAAAAGGUUCUCCUAAAUUAGUUGUGUUAUUACCUCAUAAAUCAAAAAGCUAUUCUUGUUUUUGGAUGAUUUCAUUACCUACUACUGAAGAUAUUAGACAUUUUCAAUUUGCUGCUUUAAGAAAAUCUACUCCUAAUUAAUAAAUUGCUGUAGCCUCUUUAAUUGAUAAAAUGGAUUUAGAAAAUCUUCCAAAUUAAUCAGGUGAACCAGAAGAAUUACUUAAAAUGAAAUAUGUAGCCAAUCCAACUAGACAAUAUUUCUAAUAAGUUGUUAUGCAUAAAGCCAUUACUAGAACUGAUGUUAUACCUCCUAUUUCACCUUUGAUUCUAGAAUAUUUACAUCCUGAAUAAAGAGUAUAUAAUUAUGCAUAAGAUGCUAUACAAAGAGUGAAAAAUGCAUUUAAAUUUAAAGUUAAUGAAAUUAAAUAACCAUAAGAUAAAAAAGUAUUUUGGAAAUAAUUAUUUGAUGAAUAAACUACUUAAUAAGUUUAACAAUAAAUACAAGAAGAAGUAGUAGAAAUUAAUAGAGAAGAAGAAGAAAUGGUUAAUAUGUUUGCCAAAUAGAAAUUGGGAUUCAAUGAUGAUAUUAUUUAAGAAAUAGGUUCUGUAGAUCCCAUUUCAGAUUUUAAGAAAAUGAUUACUGAAAAAAGAGUAGAUUAAGUAGAUUCUGCUCUUUAACAAAUUUAAAAAGUUAUAAUUGGUUUAGUUGAUUAAUCAAUAAAAGGCAGUUUCUUUCCCAAAGCCUUGGAAUGUUUAAAAGAAAUGAGAAAAGCUUGUAUUUCAGAAGAUGAAACACCUGUUUUCAAUAAAUUCCUCUUUGUACUUAAAGAUAAAUAUAAUUAAUCUAUGUUUUGGGCUCAGAUUGUGCAAUAAGGAAUCACUUUGAUAAGUAACAUUGAAAAUUAGAAAUCAACUGUAACUGCUGAGGAAGCCUAAGAUGUAAAUAUAUAUUAUUAAUUUUUAGUUCCUGAACAAAGAAGACAAUAAACAUUAGUAAAUGGUUGAUCAAUUAUAACAUGAGGAAGAAGAUUUAUUAGCUGAUAUUGAAUGA